AUGGACGAGGAGGUCAAGGCUCCCCCUACGGCGAAGCGGACGCCGUGGCCCAUCGAGCUCCAUUCCGUCCAGGAGCAAAAGAAAAGGGUGGAGGAGCGCGAGCAGGAGACGCGACAACAGCUGCAGGAGGGGCAGCAGCAACCGCAGCAGGAAGGAGAAGGAAGAGAGGAGAGGCGGCGGCCAAUGGGGUCCCAGCUCAAGGAGCUGUUAGAGCAGGACCGGCAGCAGGAGCUACGGGAGCUCCAGGUGCAGCAGCAGCAGAGGAGCCAGCAGUUAGAGGAAUUGCUCAAGCCACCACCUCACAGUCCACCCCAGCCAGUGCAGCCAACGCCACAGGAGCCCGAAGCCAGGGAGGAGGGUCUGCCGGUUUAUGGUCCGCCGACCCCGGCGUGGCUCCGUCUGGGAGCGCCCGCUUCGAUCCUAGCUGAGUCAGGGCGGGCGGACGGAUCUGAAAGAGACCUCCCGCAUAAAGAGAAACUCCUAAAGGCUUACAAGGAGCUGUUGGCGCUCGAGGAGAAGAAGAAGGAGAGUGAGGCCGCACUGUCUGAAGCUCGGGAGGUGUCGAGGAAGGCGGUGGAGGAGGCCACGCUGUUGAGGGAACGGGCCAUGAUGGUAGAGGAGGCUGCGUCCAGGGCCCGAGAGGAGGCUGUGUUUUUUAAGGGCGCGGCCGCUGAUCUUGGCAAGGAGAAGGACCUCCUCAAGGCUGACCUCACCUCUGCCCGGGAGUCCUUCCAGAAGAUGAAAACGGAGUGCGUGACGGGCGAGAUUGCCCGUCACGCCGCGGAGGAGGCCAAGAAGAAGGCCCUCGAGGACCUCGAGGUGGAGCGGGCUCGUUCUCGUAGCCUCUCUGCUGACGUCAACCAUCUGAAGAGAGCGCUGUUUGAGAAAGAUGGAGCCAUCGCGCAGGCGGGCAAGGUGAUCGAGGACCUGCGCGUCACCAACACCGACCUGGCGCGCUCCUACAAAGGGAUCGAGAGGGCCAACACCGACCUUGUUGGCGAGAACACCACUCUAGAAGAGAAGAUUCGCGGUACAUUUCUACUAUCAUGUUCUCUUUCAAGGGCAUGA